AUGUAUUAUUUCACGGCAAAUUUUGACAACGAAGCCAAAUUAGGUCUGGGAAAUAAUGAUCCAUUACUUGAAGACGACAGUGGUGAUAGAAACACGAAAGCUCUAGCUGCUGAUGAACCAACAUACAAACUGGAAGCUUUCGAAAAGAAUGCCAUGAUCAUAUUCAAUCAAUAUCAUGUCACCGGGUAUAACGUACCUAGGGUCGGCACUAAGGAGGACGGGAGGCGUAUCAAAAAAACACUUGAAAAAUUCGGUUUUAAAGGAAAAGAAUAUGUAGAUCUUACUAGGAAGGACAUAUUUAAAGAGUUGGAUAAAUUUAGCUCAAUGGAUUUUACCGACUACGGUUGCGUGGUGAUAGUAGUGAUGACCCAUGGCGGCGAAAACGGCCUUCUCAUGGCGAAAGACGAAGAGUACAGCGAACAGGAGAUUCUUCAAUACUUUAAGCACAGGCAGAAAUCUACAUUGGUCACCAAACCUGUCGUCGUGAUUAUCCAGGGAUACAGUUAUUACUGCUAG